AUGAUUAUUCUCAGUUUCAAUUCGAGGGGGUUGGGGAGCUUCCUCAAACAGAAGGCCAUUCAGGGCCUUAUUUCUCAACACAAGGCCGAUUUCGUUUGUAUACAGGAAACUAAACUUCAGGUAGUUGAUGUCCAUUGCUGUAGAACUAUUUGGGGAGAUGUAGAUUUUGACUGGCGUUUCGCCCCAUCAGAAAAUAGAGGAGGGGGAUUGUUGUGUAUUUGGAGAAAAGGUCUGUUGCAGGUAGAAAGGUCCAUAAUUGAGUCAAAUUUUAUUUGUAUUGUUGGUUCUUUUGGUGUGGAUGCUGCAGAUUGUGCUGUGCUGAACGUCUAUGCGCCCUGUGAUAGAGUUGGUAAGAGACAAUUAUGGAGCAAAUUAGUAGAACUGAAGAUCAACAUCCAUUAUGACCUAUGGUGUGUCGCGGGGGACUUCAAUGUUGUUCGGUCUUCGUCAGAAAGAAGAGGAGUUGGUGCUAACUCUCAACAACAUAGGUCUGAAUCUGUGGAGUUCAAUGAUUUUAUUGAUGAGAUGGAACUACUUGACAUUCCUCUGUUGGGUAGAAAAUUUACUUGGGUGCGUCCUAAUGGUUUGCAAAUGAGUAGAUUGGACAGAUUUCUUAUCUCUCCGGGUUGGUUAAACAGGUGGCCGGAUUAUGUCCAAGAGGUGCUGCAAAGAGACAUAUUAGAUCAUUGUCCGCUUCUUUUUAAGAGGGUAAAUCAAAAUUGGGGUCCGAAACCCUUCCGCGUUCUUAACUGCUGGUUUGAUGACCCAAGGUUUCAAGCUUUUGUUGGUGAUUCUUGGAGAGAGAUACAGGUUGAAGGAAGAGGUAUUAUAGCUUUGAACGAAAAAUUAAAAACUUUGAAACUGAAGCUUAAACAGUGGAAUCUUGAAGUCUUUGGUAAUCUGCAUAGGAGGAAAAAGGAGAUAGUGGACCAGUUAAAUGAUAUUGAGAAAAAGGCUGAGGAAAGUGACUUACAGGAAGUUGAACUCAGACAGCGUCAGGAAUUGGGGGCAGAAUUUUGGCAGUGCUCAAAGAGAAUUGAUUCACUUGCUUAUCAAAAAUCUAGAAUCAAUUGGAUUCGGGAAGGGGAUCAAAAUUCACGUUAUUUUCAUGCAAUUGUGAAUUUUAGAAGAAAGGUAAAUGCUUUACCUGGGCUAUGGGUGGAAGAUGUGUGGGUCGACGACCCAAGUGCUGUAAAAUUUCAGGCUAAGGAAUUCUUUGCUUGCAAGUUCAAAUCAAUGGAAAGAUGGCGUCCAAAACUGAAUGGAGUCCCAUUCCGUUCUUUGUCUGUUUCGUCUUCAAAAUUACUAGAGGAAAAUUUCUCUGCUGCUGAAUUGAAGGAGGCAGUUUGGAGUUGUGCCGGGGACAAGAGUCCGGGUCCUGAUGGUAUAAAUUUCAGAUUUAUUAAGUCCUUCUAG